AUGGAAGGGGUGAAGGUUAAUGUAAAAGCCAGAGAGAUCAUCAAACCAUCCUCACCAACAUCCCAGAACCUCAAAAUCUUCAAACUCUCCCUCCUAGACCAGAUUGCCCCUCCAUUGUACGUUCCAUGGAUUUUUUACUAUAAAAUAUCCAGUACUGGCCGGAAAGAAUCGAAUGCCAUCGAAACCCAGGAACGAAUUAAUCACCUAAAGCAAUCCUUAUCCCAGGCUUUAACUCGAAUCUCUCCUCUUGCUGGAAGGGUCAAAGACAACCUUUUUAUUGAAUGUAACGAUGAGGGUGCAGAUUUUUCAGAAGCCGAAGUAAAUUGCCCACUGUCGGAAAUUCUCAGGCGACCGGAAGUUGGUGUUCUAGAUCAACUCCUUCCUCGUGACUAUCGUUGUAGUAAUCCAUCCAUGGAAUUAAUGCAAUUGGCCGUUCAAGUCAAUAUCUUUAGCUGUGAGGGAAUGGCCAUUGGUAUCUGCGCGUUGCACAAGCUUGUUGAUGGGGCCACGUUGUCUUUUUUUGUCAACAUGUGGGGUGCCAUUAAUGCCAGUGGUGGUUCUGCCGGAGAUUCUUUCACUCCAUUUUUUCCGGGGUCACAACUCUUCCCACCAAGAGAUUUAUCAGUGCCAAGGUUUGAAAUUCCAAAAGCCAAGUGCAUUACAAAGAGAUUUCUGUUCCCGGCCUCAAAGAUUGCUGCACUGAAGGAAAUAGUACUUCUUGCUAACAAAACUGAUAUAAUUUUCAGUCCAACCCGAAUUGAAGUGGUGUCUGCUCUAAUAUGGAGAUGUAUGAUGGAAGUGUCUAGAGAAAGAUCGGGGUGCUUAAGUCCGUCGAUUAUGACACAUGUUGUGAAUUUGCGUCCGAGAAAUGAUCCAGUACCCCUGCCAGAAUCUGCUUCUGGGAAUCUUUCCUGGCUGGCAAUUGCACCGGCACCGGCACCAGCAACGGAAAAGAGCCCCAUAGAGCUCCAGGACUUGGUGAAACAAAUCAGAAAUGCAAUAAAGACAAUAGACAAGGAUUACGCGAGGGAGAUGCAAGGUGAAAAUGGAUUUUCAUUGAUGAGUGAGUGUCUUAGACAAGUUGGAGAUCUAGUACCCGAGAAGGUGGAAGUAUUCAGGUUUAUCAGUUGGGCAAAGUUCCGGCUACAUGAAGCAGAUUUUGGGUGGGGAAAGCCUAUUUGGGUGAGUACAGCCGGAUCGGCGUUCAAGAAUACUAUAGUAUUCAUCGAGAAAUUAACGGUCGGGGAUGAUCAUGAUCAUGGAAUUGAAGCAUGGGUGAGCAUGGAUGAGCAAGAUAUGUCCAUUUUCGAGCACAACCAAGACCUCUGCUCAUUCGUUUCCCUCCAUUGA